CUUAACCUUUUUUUUCACCGGAGAUAAAUUUUUUAAAAAAAAUCAAAAAUGAAACGGAAAGGAUUCGGCUUUUCUCUCCCCGUCACGGCGGUGAUCUUAGUGAUCGGUUUCAUCUACUUCUCAACGGUCUUCACCUUCAUCGAUCGCUGGCUCAGCCUCGCCUCCUCUCCCGGGAUCGCCAACGCAGCAGCCUUCACCGCCUUGGCUCUGAUGUGUGUCUACAACUACUCCAUCGCGGUUUUCAGGGAUCCGGGUCGGGUCCCGCCCAAUUACAUGCCCGAUGUCGAAGAUCCAAAGAGUCCUGUCCACGAGAUUAAACGAAAGGGAGGAGAUUUGAGAUAUUGCCAAAAGUGUUCGCUUUUCAAACCUCCACGAGCUCACCAUUGUCGGGUUUGCAAACGAUGUGUGCUUAGAAUGGACCACCAUUGUAUCUGGAUCAAUAACUGUGUGGGACACACUAACUACAAGGUCUUCUUUGUAUUUGUUGUUUAUGCGAUGACUGCGUGUGUGUACUCUCUGGUGUUGCUUGUGGGAAGCCUUACUGUUGAACCACAAGAUGAAGACCAAGAUAUGGGAAGCUAUCUAAGAACUAUAUAUGUGAUUUCAGGUUUGGUUCUUGUUCCUUUGAGCAUUGCGUUAGGGGUUCUUCUCGGGUGGCACAUUUACCUCAGUUUACAAAACAAGACAACCAUCGAGUACCACGAAGGGGUGAGAGCUAUGUGGUUAGCAGAGAAAGGUGGGCAAGUCUAUAAGCAUCCAUAUGACAUAGGCGCAUAUGAAAACCUAACCUUGAUUUUGGGUCCGAACAUACUCUCUUGGCUCUGUCCUACAUCAAAGCAUAUUGGUUCUGGUCUACGUUUCCGUACAGCUUUUGAUUCAGCCCCUAUUUCUUCUGGAACGAAACCUUGAGCCCAUGACACGAAUCAUAUUUUACCAAUUUUUUUGUUGAAAAGGCAGCAAGAUGUUCAACUUCACUCUUGACUCAUCAUGUUCAGGCGGUUUAGCUGCCUCAGCUCAAAAACCAAGACCACUGUUUGACAAGGAUCUCUCUCUCUCUCUCUCUCAUUAUUUCCCCUGUUUUCUUUGGAUUCCUCAAAAAGGAGAAGGAAGUUAGGGUUGUGGAUACAUAACUCGAACUGUGAUUAUACUUAUUAUACGUACCAAUUAACAAGGUGAAAAGACAUCUUUGUAAGAUUCAUAAUUUCUAAUCAGAAUCAGACAGUUCCUGAGUA